AUGCCCCGCACCGCCGCGGCCCUCGCAGGCGGCGCCGCGGCCGCCGGCGCCUGCCACCUCGCGGCGCGGGCCUUCGUGCCCGCGGCGCCCGGGGCCCCCGCGGCCCGCGCGGCGGCACCGCCGCAGGCCCCGGCCGCCCCCGCCGCCCCCGGCCGGGCGCCCGCCCUGCCCGCGGCGGCGCUGGCGGGACUCGCCGGGGCCGCCGCCGCGGCGGCGUCUGCCGCCCGCGGGCGCACGGCACGCCGCGCCGAGCCCGUGUCGGCGGCGGCGGGCGCGGCAGCGGCCGCGAAGGCCGCCGCCGCGGCAGGCGCCGCCAAGACGGCCGGGGCGGUGGCCGGCUCCGCGGGCGCCGGGAGCCUGGCGCAGCAGGCCGGCGAGGCGGACACCUACGACCCGGCACUGGACCGGAAGUUCUCGAAGCUGGAGGUCGGCAGCCCGGAGUACAAGAAGUCCAUGGAGCAGAAGCGCAAGCGCAACGAGAUGGCCUGGGAGGCGGCGACGGGGCGCAACCCCGACGGCGUGGGCGGCGAUGCGUCGAACGCCCUGAAGAAGGGCUACAAGGUCAACGACUUCGACCCCUUCACGGCCACCGACGGCAGGUGGAACGCCGAGGCCAGCGCCGCGGGCACCUACACCUCGUGGGACCCCGCGGGCGAGGUGGGCGCCCAGGCGCCGCUGGGCUACUUCGACCCCGCGGGCUUCACCACCAACGAGCCCACGUUCCGCAAGCUGCGCACCGCGGAGAUCAAGCACGGCCGCGUGGGGAUGAUGGCCGCUCUGGGCGCGGUGGUGCAGCACUACGUCCAGAUUCCUGGCUUCGAGGGCAUCCCCAAGGGCCUCGGCGCGGUGAACGUGUCCCCGGGCAAGGAGGGCGCCAUCGCCCUGAUCCUCGUCUGCGGUGGGCUGGAGCUGGCGGUCUGGACCGACGACGAGAGCAAGGAGCCGGGCAACUUCGGCGACCCGCUGGGCCUCGGGCAGUACACCGAGGACAUGCGCGCGCGCGAGAUCAACAAUGGCCGCUUCGCCAUGUUCGCCGCCAUCGGCAUCAUCGCUGCGGAGCUCCUGACUGGCAAGGACGCCGUUGUGCAGCUCGGCCUCUGUGGGGGGUGCGCUCAGUGCCUCUGGCGUGCGGCGGAGCUCUGGCUCCACAUUUUCAGUGGCCAGGCCAGCGUGUCCCAUGUGCAGCAGUUGCUGACGCAUCGAGAUCUGACCUCCGAAGACUUCUGGGCCCAGUGCGUGGCAGUUGCCACCGAGGCGAGCCGCCGCGACAUCGCGGCCUCUGGGUGGGUUGGUGGCCAGCCGUCGAGGUACAGCAGCCUCCGCGGCGGCACGAAAAAGCGUGCUGUUCCGACGCUGCGCCCCUGGCGAGGAGUCGCGAUGGAGUCCGGGAGAGCUGCGGGAAGAGCGCUGAGAAGUGACGAGAGGUGGCGAAUGGAGUGGGCGGGGGAGAGUGCCAAGGCUGUCUGCUCGCCGGCUGCCUGCCUCGCCGGCUGCCUCGCCGGCUGUCUCGUUGGCUGCCUCGUGGGCUGCCUUCUUGGCUGCCUCGUCGGCUGCCUCGCUGGCUGGGGGGGCGGCGCCGCGGCCGCCGGCGCCUGCCACCUCGCGGCGCGGGCCUUCGUGCCCGCGGCGCCCGGGGCCCCCGCGGCCCGCGCGGCGGCACCGCCGCAGGCCUCCCGGCUCGCCGCCCCCGCCGCCCCGGCCGGGGCGCCCGCCCUGGCCCGCGGCGGCGCUGCGGGCCUCGCCGGGCCCGCCGCCGCGCCCGCGUCGGCGGCGGCGGCGGGCGCGGCAGCGGCCGCGAAGGCCGCCGCCGCGGCAGGCGCCGCCAAGACGGCCGGGGCGGUGGCCGGCUCCGCGGGCGCCGGGAGCCUGGCGCAGCAGGCCGGCGAGGCGGACACCUACGACCCGGCACUGGACCGGAAGUUCUCGAAGCUGGAGGUCGGCAGCCCGGAGUACAAGAAGUCCAUGGAGCAGAAGCGCAAGCGCAACGAGAUGGCCUGGGAGGCGGCGACGGGGCGCAACCCCGACGGCGUGGGCGGCGAUGCGUCGAACGCCCUGAAGAAGGGCUACAAGGUCAACGACUUCGACCCCUUCACGGCCACCGACGGCAGGUGGAACGCCGAGGCCAGCGCCGCGGGCACCUACACCUCGUGGGACCCCGCGGGCGAGGUGGGGGCCCAGGCGCCGCUGGGCUACUUCGACCCCGCGGGCUUCACCACCAACGAGCCCACGUUCCGCAAGCUGCGCACCGCGGAGAUCAAGCAUGGCCGCGUGGGGAUGAUGGCCGCUCUGGGCGCGGUGGUGCAGCACUACGUCCAGAUUCCUGGCUUCGAGGGCAUCCCCAAGGGCCUCGGCGCGGUGAACGUGUCCCCGGGCAAGGAGGGCGCCAUCGCCCUGAUCCUCGUCUGCGGUGGGCUGGAGCUGGCGGUCUGGACCGACGACGAGAGCAAGGAGCCGGGCAACUUCGGCGACCCGCUGGGCCUCGGGCAGUACACCGAGGACAUGCGCGCGCGCGAGAUCAACAAUGGCCGCUUCGCCAUGUUCGCCGCCAUCGGCAUCAUCGCUGCGGAGCUCCUGACUGGCAAGGACGCCGUUGAGCAGUGCGCUCAGUGCCUCUGGCGUGCGGCGGAGCUCUGGCUCCACAUUUUCAGUGGCCAGGCCAGCGUGUCCCAUGUGCAGCAGUUGCUGACGCAUCGAGAUCUGACCUCCGAAGACUUCUGGGCCCAGUGCGUGGCAGUUGCCACCGAGGCGAGCCGCCGCGACAUCGCGGCCUCUGGGUGGGUUGGUGGCCAGCCGUCGAGGUACAGCAGCCUCCGCGGCUGCCUCGCCGGCUGCCUCGCCGGCUGCCUCGUUGGCUGCCUCGUUGGCUGCCUUGUGGGCUGCCUCGUCGGCUGCCUCGCUGGCUGGGGGGGCCGGGGGUCGGGGCAUCUGCAGGGUGGACGCGGCCGGUGGUCCAACGCAAGGCCUCCGCUCGCCGCCCCCGCCGCCCCGCCGGGGCGCCCGCCCUGCCCGCGGCGCUGGCGGCCUCGCCGGGCCGCCGCCGCGGCGGCGUCUGCCGCCCGCGGGCGCACGGCACGCCGCGCCGAGCCCGUGUCGGCGGCGGCGGGCGCGGCAGCGGCCGCGAAGGCCGCCGCCGCGGCAGGCGCCGCCAAGACGGCCGGGGCGGUGGCCGGCUCCGCGGGCGCCGGGAGCCUGGCGCAGCAGGCCGGCGAGGCCAGCGCCGCGGGCACCUACACCUCGUGGGACCCCGCGGGCGAGGUGGGCGCCCAGGCGCCGCUGGGCUACUUCGACCCCGCGGGCUUCACCACCAACGAGCCCACGUUCCGCAAGCUGCGCACCGCGGAGAUCAAGCACGGCCGCGUGGGGAUGAUGGCCGCUCUGGGCGCGGUGGUGCAGCACUACGUCCAGAUUCCUGGCUUCGAGGGCAUCCCCAAGGGCCUCGGCGCGGUGAACGUGUCCCCGGGCAAGGAGGGCGCCAUCGCCCUGAUCCUCGUCUGCGGUGGGCUGGAGCUGGCGGUCUGGACCGACGACGAGAGCAAGGAGCCGGGCAACUUCGGCGACCCGCUGGGCCUCGGGCAGUACACCGAGGACAUGCGCGCGCGCGAGAUCAACAAUGGCCGCUUCGCCAUGUUCGCCGCCAUCGGCAUCAUCGGCGGAGCGCUGGCGUUGAGCAGCUCGGCCUCUGAGCGGGGCGGCUCGUGCCCCCCCCCCCCCCCAUUGCUUCCCCUUUUCCCCCCCCCAGGUCGGGCACCACAGAACGGGGCGCUCGGCGCCCCGCGCCUGCGACGAUUUUUUUAA